AUGGUGGCGUCCUCUGCGGCACCGGCGUCGUCCUCUGCAGCACCGGCGUGCCCGGGCAUGGCGCCCGCCGGCAUUCCCACGAUCGACAUGUCGGCGCCGGCGGGGCGGGCGGAGCUGUCCCGCCAGAUGAUGGAGGCGUUCGGCGAGCGCGGCUUCUUCAAGGCGGUCAACCACGGCGUGCCGCCGCAGGUGUCCGCCCGGCUGGACGCGGCCAGCGCGGCGUUUUUUGCGCGGCCGGCGCAUGAAAAGCAGGAGGCUGGACCACCGGAUCCCCUGGGCUACGGCAGCCGGAGCAUCGGCUCCCACGGCGACGUCGGCGAGCUGGAGUACCUGAUCCUCCACACGGACCCCGAGGUGGUGGCGCGCAAGGCCAGGGCCAUCGAUAGGGACGACCCUUCACGAUUCAGUGAGGCGGUAAACGAGUACGUGCAGGCAGUGAGGCAGCUCGCCUGCCAGAUCCUUGACCUGCUGGGCGAAGGCCUGGGCCUCCGGGACCCUGCGUCCUUGAGCAGGCUCAUUACGACCACGGACAGCGACUCCCUCGUCCGGAUCAACAACUACCCACCCUCAGCCGCCAGCGAUGGCGGCGUGAAAGCCGCCACCUCGGUCGGGUUCGGCGAGCACUCCGACCCACAGAUCCUCAGCGUCCUCCGUGCCAACGACGUCGAUGGCCUGCAGGUGCUCCUGCCAGACGGCCGCGGCGAGGACGCCUGGGUGCAAGUUCCGGCUGACCCUGCCGCCUUCUUCAUCAACGUUGGUGACCUUCUUCAGGCUUUGACAAAUGGGAAGCUGGUGAGCAUCCGGCAUAGGGUGAUGGCCAGCACCAGCAAGCCAAGGCUGUCAGCUAUCUACUUCGCCGCGCCGGCGUUGCACGAGUGUAUCUCGGCGCUCCCAGAGACUGUGACCGCCGCCGCGCCGCGCCGGUAUCGACCAUUCACCUGGGCGGAAUACAAAAAGACGAUGUACACGCUCCGUCUGAGCCACAACCGGCUCGACCUCUUCAAAGUCAUCUUGGUCAGUGAUGUCGGUGAAGGAGCUGGUGAAGAGAAGUCUCGGAUAUAG